AAAAUCAGCUCCAAAUCUACUACUUUUAAAAAUGACGUCGUUGGGACAAAUGAAUAAAUCUUUCAUCAUAUCUCUACUGAUUCUGUCCUGUUCUGUUCUGUGUUGAGUGAGUGAGAGCUUGUGAAGUGACAGAGUAGACAGACAAGACGACAACGACAAGUCAGUUUCAGAAGUCGAACGUGAAUGUUGUGAAUGUCAUAAUGAUUAUUGUUUAAUUGAACAUGGGAGGUAAAAUAGUUAUUAUCUCUCGUCCUUAAAAUCAUUUUUGAAUCUUUUAAUUACAAUCAACACGUAACAUCCUUGGUGAAUUGUUUUGGAAUACCAUUUAUGGCUGGGAAAAUUAUUGAAUGAAUAGUGUCGUGUAUUUCCUCGUGCAUUUGCCAGUUAUUCUUAGUUUGACAAGACUUUCUAUCCUUUUAUAGCAAGCUCUAGGGGUAAAUAAAUGAUUUGCUAAGUUGUAAAAUGACUUUAUUCAGACAAGCUUUGGAUACAUUUUGGAGCACAGAUGUUUGGCUUCCACCAAAUGUGACAUGGGCGGAUCUAGAACCAAAUGAUCAGAUACAAUAUGCCAAUUACCGGCAUUUAUCCUAUCCUCUACCAUUUGCUGUAUUAUUGUUAAUAGCAAGAUAUGUUGUUGAAAAGUUUUGGUUCACUCCAAUGGCUCUAUCAUUGGGCCUCAGAGCGACGAAGCCAAAGAAAGCGCCUCCCAAUGAUAUUCUGGAAAAAGCGUAUCAGCAUAAUAGUAAGAUGAAGCACAAGGAAGUAGUUGGCUUAGCAAAGCAGUUGGAUAUUUCAGAACGAAAAGUUGAAAGAUGGCUGAGGUUACGCAAGUACCAAGACAAACCAUCGGCUGCAGUCAAAUUCUGUGAAAGUUGUUGGAAAGCGUCAUAUUACACAUACUCGUUCAUCUAUGGAUUGUAUGUGUUAUGGGAUAAACCAUGGCUGUGGCGAAUUAAUGAAUGCUGGACUGACUAUCCUCAUCAGAGCGUAUCAAACGACAUCUGGUGGUAUUACAUGAUUUCAUUGUCUUUCUACUGGUCUCUAUGCGCAUCUCAAUUCUUCGACGUGAUUCGCAAGGACUUCUGGCAAAUGUUCAUCCAUCACAUCUGUACAGUGCUGUUGAUAAUGUUCUCUUGGGUGUGCAAUCUCCAUCGUGUUGGCUCGCUUGUCCUUCUUGUGCACGAUUGUGCUGAUGUAUUUCUGGAGAGUGCCAAAGCUCUCAAGUAUGCAAAAUAUCAGAAAGCUUGUGACGCUGUGUUUGCCAUCUUUACAAUAGCUUGGAUCGCUACUAGAGUCAUUAUCUUCCCGUUUUGGAUUCUGUGGAGCACGGCGAUUGAUGCUCCAAGAAUUGUGAAUACCAUGUUCCCCGCUUAUUACAUAUUCAAUGGAUUGUUAACGUUGUUGUUCAUACUGAAUUUGUACUGGACAGCAUUAAUCCUGAGAUUAGCAUACAAUACUCUGUCAGCUGGAGAGAUGCAAGGUGACAUUCGUAGCUCGUCGAGUGAGUGUGAGUGUGUCAGUGAUGAUGGUAGCGGCAUAUCGGUUGCCAGCACCAAACACAACAAUCAUAAUUCUAAUUCGAAUAGUAAGUCGAAAUAUUCCGAUUAACGACGAAUGCAUGUUGAAUUAAUGAAAGACUUGGUGGAACCAUGACUGUCUCAUUACUACUGUUUAUUUUAACUUGCUAGGUGGCUAGUGUUUGUUAUCUAAUUGUAAUUCAUACGAUAAGCCAAUUAAUAAUAUGUAUAUCUAGUGUAAAAUUUUCAAUCUUAUAUUCUUAUUAAUUGAAGUACAUAGGAUGUCUAUUUUUGUACUAGAAUUGAUACUUUGAUACUCGUUGCACUAUUUUCUUAUUUGGAAUAUUCCAAUUCCAGCACAGGAUAGAAUUGUACUGUUUUCUACAUAGUUGAGGAAAAGAUUGAAUAACUCUGUCAAUAAUAGAGAUUUUAGAAAAAGUGCUAUAAAGUGUUUGCAUUGAUGAAUUUCAGCGUAGAAAAUCUACCAGUGGUUAUCUUUCUAAAAUUAGUCACUAGUGGAAUAUUUCGAUAUCGUCAAUUGAAAAACGGCUGAAUCCAUCCACUAAUAGUUAUUAUAUUGAAUAAUCAUCAUAACGCCAGAGCUAUAAUUCAAUCAGUAAUUAAUAUAAUCAAAAUAAUGAUUUCUAUUGAAAAGUAAUAAUUGCUUUGAAGUGUUUUAUGCAAAAAUAUUGAUUUUAGAUCACAUAUAUAUACUGAUAUAUCUCUCUAUCUUAUUCUAAAACUUUAAUCUGAGCAAUAUAAAAUAAAAUUCUAUCAACUUCUAGCUGUUUGCAUAAAAAAUAUACUGUACAAACUACUAAUAUUCCAUUCUCUGCUUCCAAAACAAACUCUUAGUGUUAAUGAAAUGUUUCAUCAUUGCAGUGGUAAUUUGAAAUUUAUAUCUGAAAUCAUUAUAUCUCUUCUACUCCUAUUUUAUCUGUGUGUUACCAUUGCUUAGAACUCUGUUCUUAUUUCUAUGUAUAAAUAUUGCAAAAUGUGUUCAUGGAACAGAACAUCACUUAUAAAUUGAUGUAAUUUUCUAUUAUAGAAAAGUCAAUAGUUGAGCUUCAUUUAUUAGUUAUUCAGUUCUUGAAAUUUUCUUUAUGUAUUUUUGUAUUGUCGUAUCGCUUUAGAGCUGAAUCUAAAAAGUGGAAAAUAAACUCAUCUUGUUGAAUUC